CACACCUUUCUCGUGUUCAGCCCGGUGACGAGAUGCAGGGAUCGGUCGUCGUGAGAAUGGGGCCCUGCGGCGGAGGCGGGGGCAACGCUCGGGACGUGGACAUGCGCGGCGUGGACCGCGUCGUCAAGGUCGUCGUCCGCCACGGCGACACCGUCGACGCCAUGUCCGUCCUGUACGAGCGGAACGGCCGGGAGGAGUGGAUCGACCUGUGGGGCGGACCCGGCGGAGGGCUCUCCGAGAUCUGCCUGCGGCCGGACGAGUACUUCACCUGCGUGGAAGGACACUGCGGCCAGUUCGAGGGCAACUUCGUCGUGAGGUCGCUCAGCUUCGUCAGCAACCUCCGCGCGUACGGGCCGUUCGGGCAGCAGGACGGCGUCCCAUUCGCGCUCCCCGCGGCCGGCGGCAAGAUCCUCGGCUUCCACGCGCGUUCUGGUCGCCACCUCGACGCACUCGGCACCUACGUCAGGACAGAACAGCACUGACAGGACAGGACAGAGAAGAGCAGUACAGAACUGAUAGCUGCAUUGACCCUGACGAACUUAGUUACGGCUCAUGUAAUUCAUCACUCCGUUCCUCUUUGUAUCCUUCUUCCUCCUCC